GACUCAUGUAUGGUUUUGGUAAUCGAUUGACGUCUGUGGUUGAAGCCGGGUACUUAUUAGGCAGUUAAAAUCACCUCAGCUACACCCAAUCACCUCCCGGACGUUUAAAGCGGCUCGAACGGCGUAACGUAGUCAUAGCAUGGAUGUAAAAUCCUACUCGACAGCGUAGCCUCACUUCCGGCUCAUUUCGGCUUAUGAACAAUUUGAACAGCUGAACAAUGAGCAGAGACGCGUCAUGACUCGCAAAUAUUGGAUUUUCCUGAAUAUUUGGGCAAUCAACGCUUUCACAAGUUCUGGUUAUAUUGGCAAAGAUGGUGUUUCGUUCAGAACUAAGUCGAGCAUCCUCAAGUACAAAUAUGCGGUGACCGAGAGUACCAUAGAGACAAUAAUCAACACAGGGUUUUCGACCUCGACGUGCGGUAGCGAGAUUCUGCGCAUAACAAGCAAAGACCUCGCGCUCAAGGACUACUACAGCCUAGCCCUCACCUCAUCCGGGCAACUACUUUUUCAGUAUCGUCUCUAUGGCAGCGGAUUCAACACAGUCAUCCAAGCUCCCGUUGAAGGCCCUUUUUGCGACGGAAAACGUCAUGACGUCAUCGUCAGACGCGACGCCCGCAAGGUCUCAUUUCAAGUGGACGGCGGUGUUACGCAGAAACUUGAGAACGGGCGCAUGUUAAUAGUGACGUUUAGCAAGCCGGAUGUGAUUGUUCUAGGAGGUUCUGGAAAAAGAAAGUUCUACGGAUGCGUGUAUAACGCGACGGUUGAGAUGCAGUGGACUGGGAUGAGCGCUACGACUGUUGAUAUCUUACAGUUACUUGACGCCCGCGAUCCUAUGGUCAGCAGUGAAGAUGUUAUCGUGGGUGGAUGCGUCAAACCUUAUGCAGAAUGCCUUCCCUUGAGAUCUCAUCUCACACUAUCUGAUGGUAACGGAUCCAUAGCGAGCCCACAUAUCAACCAGCGGUUCAACAACCUAAGCGCAUGCGUUUGGGUUAUAGAAGUCCCACAAGGGUAUCGCGUCAAACUGCGAAUGAGAUUCAUGCGCGUAAACGAUUCAAGCCUGUGUACAAGCCGGUACGUGGAAGUUCUAGAGGGGAAAGAAGGAGAAGCGUCAGUUAUCAGUAGAUAUUGCAGCGUUCGGUUUAUCCCACAUGAACCUAUCUACUCUACUGGACCACAUCUUACCGUUAGGUUGCAAACCGAGGACAGCGAGGCUCUGGUGUUCACGGCGUCUUAUUCUACGGCGUCUCUAAGUGAAGGCCCAUGUCCCGCGCAGGCCGAUUUGACGAGCGCGCAUGGGACCUUCUCAUCCCCAGACUUCCCAUACUCUUACGGCACAAAUCGCGCAUGCUCUUGGAUCAUCACAGUACCAUCUGACAAGCAUAUACUCAUCACCUUCCGUCCUGACGACUUCAGCAUCGCGGGUUGCCAUGGUAACUGUAUGUGUGAUUACCUUGAGUUGCGCGAGGUGGAUGACGGGAGGAGGAAUGCCUAUGGGAGGUACUGCGGAGACAUUGCCCCUUCGCCUAUUUACUAUCCAGGCCACAAAGUUUCGCUGGGAUUCUACAGCAAUGGGGUAGAGAGCCGUAAAGGGUUUAAUGCCACUUAUGAGGCUAUCGAACCAAUCACAGAUCAAUGCCCUGAGCACAAAGUACUUGCGGCCACUGGUGGAGUUAUUCGCAGUCCACGAUUUCCCCUACCCUUUCCCGGACAGAUGGACUGCCUGUGGGAAAUCCGUGGAGACCCAGGCUCCCGCGUCGAAUUCAUGUUCAGCGACCCCCUUUAUCUUGAUAUGGCUUGUACUGACUAUAUUGAGCUUUCUGAUGGCAAGGACAAAGAUUCGCGAACCUUUGUGAAGAAAUAUUGCAUUUCGGAUGACAUUCCACCUCCUUUUGUAUCCAAGAACCACAAGUUGUUUGUUCGAUUCGUGUCUGAUCGAUACCGGGUUCUGACGGGACAAAUGGCAGGGUUCGUGGCGACCUAUGUUAUACGGAGACCUGCCAAGGCUAAGGAAAUUUCAGGGGCUUUUUACACCGUAGCUUUCUUUCUCUAGUGUCAGGGACUUUCAACAUCCUCGCUUUCUUUUUCUAGUUUCAGGGGCGAUGCUUCGCUCGAGGACUCCGCUAAUGACAGCAUCUUUUAUUAUGUUUUCAAUUCUAGCAAGUGAAACUUAACCAUCUUUUAUUAUGUUCUCAAUACUUGCAGUGAAACUUAGAACCAUCUUUUAUUAUGUUCUCAAUUCCUGCACGUGAAACUUUACCAUCUCUUUUUAUGUUCUCAAUACUUAAAAGUGAAACUUAACCAUCAUUUAUUAUGUUCUCUCUCGCAAGUGAAACUUGAUAUUUAAUUGUUAUCAUUUUUCAGACAUUACAACAGCUCAAUUUUAUAACUUUGUUAUACUUCAUGGCAGUAAUGAUAGGCUGAAUUUUUGCUAAAUUUUUUAAAUAAAAGGAUUUUCUUUGC